AUGCUGUGGUAUUCUCGAGAUAACGAAGGCCUUGAUGUGUACCAGAAUCCUAUCCCUCGGGUGACCCUUCCACCUGCACUGCAAAGCUUAGUGGAUCGCGAUGAAGAUGAAUACUUCUACGAAGAUAUCUACCCGUCUUACCAUAUUGACUGCAAGGACACCCCGUACCGAUAUACGGCCUACUCUAACCGAAUCCAAACGAUCCUGUUCCCGUCAUAUAAUACUGGCAUUAGCGAGUCGCUUCGCCCAGCCAUUCAUCCAUACUUUGUGCGUUGCACACAUGCUAUCUCCUGGGCUUACGUAUUUGGAGACGUUGUCCAUGAAGGAUACAAAGCCUACCUGCGCAAUCGCUCAUUGCUUGCCCCAUUAAGCAACGACUACAAGGAUGCCAGAGACUUGACAUCUGGAAAGAAUUCGAAGGGGCAAUAUUGCAGCAAGAGAAAGUCAUAUGGCGAUAGCCAAGACAAAUCUGUUGUUGCUGACGACACAUCAGAUACUCUCACGCCAUGGCCAACAAUACAUAUCCCGCUAGCGGAGGACUACAGGGCGGUGAUGUUUAAGCGAGCCAUAUUCCAAAGCAUUGCCAGUAUGGCAUUGCCGGCCAUCACCAUCCACAGUGUUGUGAGGUAUUCCGGACAGCUUCUGAAGAACUCGAAAAAUGUCUUUUGCAGGACAUGGGCACCUAUCGGGCUUGGUUUCAUCUGCGUUCCUUUCCUCCCUUUCGUGUUCGAUCGACCUGUCGAGAAACUGGUCGAAUGGUCAUUCGCCAAUAUUAUUAUAGCGCCCCUAGCUAGAAGACAGUUAGAACACUCCCACCUACCGCAGACCAGCAGCUACACCUGA